UACAGAGCAACGAGUCAGACUGAGCGCCGUUUGGUAUCGCAGCCCAUCUCAAGGGCAAAUACUGCAGCUAAGAUAUAUUUUUCCUCUCAUUCUGGGACAUGUUAAGUCUUCGGGUUUUGAGGAUAUUCGAUUAAUAAACUAAAGGUAAAGCCUAGGAUACUUCACUUUUUAAAUACAGCAUUUGCUGUGAGAUUUGACAUUUGCUGGGCUCCUGUACUCAUAUUCUUUUCCCCUUUGGAAGCGGUGGUUUCUAUUUUCCGAGGGGUGUUCCUGCAGGUUACCCUGGAUUUUUGUUCUUCCACUUUCCCCGGAAGGGCAAAGACGGAGGUGAUAGCAUCUCAGCAAACCAGCUAACACACAUUUGGUGGAAAGAGUCAGGGCAAAGCGGAGACUUUUUAUUGGCUGGGCCAGGAAUGGUGGAUCACUUGCUAGCGAACGAGGAGACCUUCCUGCCGUAUGGUGGCUCCCCACCGGCGUAUCACCUGUCGGACAUGGUGACUGACACGGGGAGCUACCAGGUGCUGGCCUCGCCGUUCUCCGAGGACGACGUGAGCGAUGCUUCCAGCCUGCGGUCGUGCUCCAGCCCGGACUCCCAGGUGCUGAGCUCCAGCUAUGGCAGCAGCUCCAGCGUGGAGAGCCAGGACAGCAUCCUGGACUUCCUGCUGUCACAGACCUCGCUGGGGGGCGCGGGGGCCAGCACCCCUCUCCCCAGCUUCCUGUGGGAGUCCAGACGGGACUCCCAGGCCCUGCCAGUGAAGGAGGAGAGCUUCGAUUUUCCCAUCUUCUCGGCUGACCUGGAGGACCACUGCGGGCCCUUCCAGCCCACCCUGGAGGAGAUCGAGGAGUUCCUGGAGGAGAACAUGGAGGUGGUGGCUAUGAAGCAGGAGCCUUACGAGGGGGCGGGGGUUUGCCGGGGGUCGGAGGCAUCGGAAGGCGCGGCUCCGGCCCCGCUCACCGCCGCCAUCGCCGCCGUCUCCAGCGCCGAGACCAAAAACUCGCCGUCCAAGGGCCCGGGCUCGAGAGCCGACGGGGUUAAAAAGGAGGCCCCCGGCAAGCCGCCUUCCACGGACGGGGGCGGGAUGCCGGUCAUCCUGCAGAUUCAGCCUGUCCAAAUCAAACAGGAGCAGAGUUCGUGUGCGGGCCCCCCGCCCCCCUCUGCGGCCUCGUCCCAGCCCGCCUCGGACAUUAAAAUCGCCCAGCUGCUGGUCAACAUCCAGGGACAGACCUUCGCUCUCGUGCCUCAGCUCGUGCCGUCCGCCAGCGUCAACAUGUCGCCCAAGUUCGUCCGCAUCGCGCCCGUUCCCAUCGCCGCCAAGCCCGUGGGGCUGGGAGAGGGCAUGGCCGGGGGCCAGGCCAUGGGGCUCCUGGUGGGAGGGCAGAAGUUCCAGAAGAAUCCCGUGGCAGACCUUAUCAAAAUGCAUAAAUGCACUUUCCCCGGCUGCACCAAGAUGUACACCAAGAGCAGCCACCUGAAGGCCCACCUGAGGCGACACACGGGAGAGAAGCCCUUCGCCUGCACCUGGCCCGGCUGUGGGUGGAGGUUCUCGCGGUCGGAUGAACUGUCCCGACACAGACGCUCUCACUCGGGAGUAAAGCCAUACCAGUGUCCUGUUUGUGAGAAGAAGUUCGCCCGCAGUGAUCAUCUGUCCAAACACAUCAAAGUCCAUCGCUUUCCAAGAAGCAACCGGACAGUACGCACUACAAACUGACCUUCAGAUAACAGUCCGGUGGAGUACGUCCAAGGGGAGAGAAAGUGUCUGUGUGUGUGUGUGUGUGUGUGUCCGUCCAUGCGUACGUGUGCGCAUGUCUGUUAAAGGUUUGUUUAUGGUACUGUGAUAAUUUAUUGUUUAAAAAAUGAAAACAUAAACACAAACAAAAAAGAACACUGUUACUCAAAUUUUGUUCGUAUGAAUAUUUCUUGCAGAUUGUAUUUCUUUCUGUUUUAUUCUCAUUUUUGAAGUAAAAACAUCAAGCUAUUUUAUUCUAAAUACAGUUUUUACAAUUACAUUGGAGUUUUUGUGGACAUACCAACCUUUUUUUUCUUGAUCAGUGACUAAUGGGUUGAUACUCCUUCUGUUGUUAAAUAACAGCAAAGGAAGGUGAACCCUUUGUUCUUUUAUGUUUUCACUAAAUAUUCACCAGUGAUCUCUCUCUCCAUUUACCCCUGCUAUCUGUAACAUGGCAAUUGGCACUACUGACACUUACACAAUUUUUCACAAUAAGCUAAAGGGGAAUUUUGGAAAAUGGUCCUUGGCAUUUAUCGUUUAUGUAAUACAAAAAUAUGAGCCUUGAUUUUUUUUUUUGAAGAGUCAAAGGCACGUGGGUCGUCAUACAAUUAAUGUAAAAAGUGAAAUGAGAAAAAUAAAUGCGCACAUGGAUGAUUGUAUAUUUGUAUGUAAACUGACUAGCCUUCUGAUCAGUAUUGAUACAUCAUCUUUUUUAUUGUUUGUAUGAUGUUUUUGUCUUUUUUUGGAAAAACCUGUUUUAUUUUCUUACUAUUUCUGACUCCUUUAAUGUCCGUAGCUCUUGGAAGGCCAUUAUAUUGGAAAAGCAAACCUUGUUUGGCCUUAACAGCAUUUUUAAGAGGAGGGGCAAUGUUAAAUUUUGGCAUGUAUAGGAAGGAAAAAAGUAUGUGUGGGGUAAAUGCUGUCAUUAAACAUUGUAAUAAUGAGAGUUAAAACAUACAAUCACAGUUCUCUAAUACUCUCUAAGUCUAUGAAUAUUUAGUUGAUACAGCUCUGGAGCUGAAUGUCGUACAAAAGCUGCCUCUUGAUCAAAACUUGUUACUGGAACUCCCAUCAGCCUUGUAUACACAUGGGGAUAUUAGGUGCACAAGUUGAACUGGAACUGGAAACAUUUGGUGCUAAACUCUUGGAACAACCUAACAGCAACCUCACAACCUGCUGGGAAAUGUAGGCAAGCUCAUUGUUGAGUGACAGACAUGUUUGUAGUCCAGUGCUUUCCUGUAUUCCAUUGAACAGAAUAGCAGCUUUCUAUGCUGUAAAUGUACUAUGGCAGACGUGUGGAUCUGUCAUACCGCGUAUAGGCCUAUCAGUUCCGUGUGUGUUCUCAGAGGGACAGUACGCUGUACAGUGAUGCAUUCCUUCCAUUCAAUUUUGAAUUAUUUUAAUGCUUGUAAUAACAGGUGUUUAUCACAUCCUAUGAAUGUAUGUAAAUAAGCAGAAGUGUACAUAACUGCAUCUAUAUGAAAGAUUAUUAUAAAUAACAUCUUAAGUCUGUGAUUUGUGGAAAUUUUUAGUGUAAGUUGCAAACCUGUACAUAACAUAACAAUUCAGUAUAUAUAAAUAUCUUAUAUUUUUUCUUUGUUCUACAUAAGACACAUUUACAAAUAAAAACGAAAACAUAAA